AUGGAAGCGAUCGGCCUGGCUUCUUCCAUCAUAACCUUCAUUGAUGUAGCGUACAAGAUCGUGAGUGGGGCCCACGAGGUGUACGUCUCCCAGGAUGGGGCAACCAAGAGUAAUGACCACACCGGCGUGGUAGUCAGCGAUCUGCAGCGUGUCACGGCGGACCUGCGAGCUCACCAACUGAGUUCUACUGACCAAGAACUCAUCGCAUUGUCGAACAAGUGCCACCAUCUCGCUGGCGAGCUUUUACAACUGCUGCACAAGUUUCUACCAAAGACUCCGGGGAAAUGGCAAAGCUUUGUCGCAGCAUGCCGGAUUCUGAGGAAGCAGAAAGAGGCCGCCUCCAUGGAAGCAAGCCUGGACAGAUACCGUCAGCAGAUAGCCGAACGCCUACUUUGGCUCCUAUUCAAACAGCAAUCCCCGAUCAAGAAGUCCUUGGAUGAUAUGCUGCACCACGCGAACACUCUCCACAACUCAAAUGCACGGAAGAUGGAAGACGUGCAGUGCCAACUAUCACAAACCCUCGAACACCUUGAACACUUUGCUCAGACGAGUGAUCGUGACGGGGAACAAAUACAAGACCUUCUCACUCAGACCAACGAUAAACUUGAUCAACUUCAACUUUCCAUGGAGAAUCCGUCCGCUAUCACUUCCACAUUAUCUCAUACUUUGAACGAUCUUGUUAGGCAGGCUCAACAUUUGAACGCUCUUGUUCAGGCUAUGCCGUCCCAGAAUCAAACUCUGCGCCGUCUCUUCUAUCGCUCCAUAUUCCGCAGGGAGGACGAGGUGAUUACUGCAGAAGCGGAUACUUUCAGGUGGAUAUUCAAUACCGCCUCAGAACAGACGAGAAUCGCCGCGCAUCCCACGUCGCAACAAGAUACCAUCACCUCAAAUGAGCCUCUCGAAGAACCAUCAGAGGAGAAUCUAAGGAGCCAAACGUCAAUAGUCUUCGUCGACUUUGUUCGAUAUUCUGGUCGUACAUUAUUUGUCCAGGGCAAAGCAGGUUGUGGAAAAUCCACAUUCAUGAAGUAUGUGGCUCACCACGAACUUACGGAUUCAAACCUGAAAGUCUGGGCUGGGACAAAAAGACUAGUUAAGAUCAAAGUCUUCUUUUGGCAGUCUGAUGAUCCACUUCAGGAGUCGAUUGAAGGCUUUCUGCGUUCCAUACUCUUUCAAGUGCUGAGCCAAUGUCCGGAGCUCAUCGACGCCAUCUUCCCUCAUCGUCCAACAGGCGAGUUCGACGCUGUCGAAUAUCGACUCGGGGAGCUUGAAGAUGCCUUUGCGAGACUGUUGAAUAUUCAUACGGAGGACAACUAUUGUUUCUUCUGCUUCAUCGAUGGCCUUGAUGAACACCAGGGGGACAAUCUGAGCCACGAAAACCUCGCCAACCAGCUGGUCUCUUGGGCGUCGCUGACCAAUGUCAAGAUCAUGUGCUCGGCCCGACCAUAUACUGUCUUCCUCGAAGCCUUUCGGGAGUCGGGGGAUGUUAUCGAAUUCCACAAGCUUACUCGCAGUGAUAUCUCGAACUUUGCCGAGUCAAAGUUUACGGAGUCGCUGGCAAAGCCGAAGUUGCAAGAAGCUCAAAGAAACUGUCUUGCGAUUGUGCAAGACAUCACAGAGAAUGCCCAAGGGAUAUUUCUCUGGGCAGUAAUGGUCGUCCGGACACUUAUAAAUCAGGUCCUCGACCAGGACGGCAGCGAGAAAGCCCUUCGAGAGAGGCUCCACGAAUGCAUUGAGCGCGACAGCUUGGACAGUCUGUUCGAGCUGAUCUUACAGAGAGUCGACAGAGCGCCAUAUGUUCAAAUGCGAUCAAACAUGGUGCUUUACCUCGCUGCAAACAAUCCUUUCGAAUCACCUCUCAACGCACUCAUAUUUUCCUGGCUCGACGAACUGGAGUGGUUCCAAGGUUCUUUCGACGUGAAUACUGCGCCUGAUGACUGCGAACAAGACUACAGCGGAGAGUAUAUCUCUCCUAGGAUACACCGAGUCACCAGCUUGCUUCACCAGCUCACACAAGGUCUUUUGGAAGUCGUCAACACUCGCGACCCUGCUCCUUACUUCCGGCACCGUGUUGACUUUUAUCACCGUUCCGUCCGAGACUUUCUGAGGGAGCACUGGCAAACUGGUGCUAGGCAAAGCCCAUUCUCGAACCCAGCGGAAGAGGUGCAGGCUUUCUGUCGACUGCGAAGCCUGGAAGCAAUACGCAGAACACGCCGACGUUUCAUACAUGCCGACCAACUCAGUGGGCUUGGAGAGGAUGCAGAUGCCAGCGUAAUGAGCAACCUGAGAUCGCUGUUCGAGUACACAUUUGUCUGGUUGGAAUCGUGCUCCAGGAUCAGCAAUCUGCCUCCCAAUGUAUGCUUGAAAGCUUUCGAGAAGGCACUGCUCCAAUCGGAAGACUCAUUUCCGCCAUUUCUUCUCGGCAGAUUGCUUAUCAACGAAGAAGUAUCGUGGAGAUAUCAUUCACGCAACGCGCUUGAACAUGCUUCAUUUCUUCACUGGGCGGCAUACUGGGCUCAAGGAGAAUUUGUUAGAGCUGAGCUAUCAACUGGUAAAUGGAGUGGGAACAGGACUACCCCCUCUCCCUCUGAGCCCAACUUGCUUCUGUCCUCGUCAACCGCAGCAGAUGUGGAGACAACGCGAUACCUUCUCAGCGAAGGCCACCGGCCAGAGGAGCCGAUGAAGAUAUAUGACCUCGAGCUGGAGCCGGACCAAAGCUGGCAAAUUCAUCAAGCGGAAAUAGACAACUUGCGCGACACACCGCCAACCUGGGAAUCCAUCCACCAUUACAUGGGGAAUCAGUCCAAAGGACUCGACACCCUCACAACUGUUUGGUUGAUGUUACUGCGGGAUUUCGUCAGUAACGUAAAACUGUAUUGCUGGAAGAGAAAGGUUGCAUCGUCAUGGCCUCUUCACCUCGACCGGGGCUGGCUGGAGCGGCUAUCCAAGAUCAUCGAGGCCUAUCUAGACGCCGGGGCCAACCCCUACAUUUACUUUCUUCUGUUUCACAAGGACCCGAGCAGUAAGUACAAGGCGACUCUUUACCAGCUACUGGAUGUGUUCAAACCGGAGAACCUCUCAUCGUUCGACGACUUACUGAAGAAGCCAUGGUGGAAAGAUAUCCUUUCUGGGGGUGGACUUUUGUCAAGACCACCGACGUAUCAACCUGUGACCGCGGACUUGCUAUUGGGUGGCGACUGGAAGGUAUUGGGCGUAGGAUUGGACAAUGGACAGGAGCUUCUGGGGUCAUUCAAAGUUCGAGUGUUCUGA